AUGUCUUUAACGGCGAUGAAGCUGAGCAAAGCCAUAAAUGCACUCUGCGCUGCUAGGGGCAAGACUUCAUGUGCGCAGUUUUAUCAACUAAUGCACGAGCACGAUGAUGAUGAGAGAAUUCCGUCCGUUCGUCUAUCGUUGUUGAAUGUCUCUGAAGUCGGACAUAUACUGUGCCUUGAGCCUGCCAAGAACAAUCAGGGAUUGAAUUCUUUCCUACUGUCCCCCUGCCUGAUCAAAAACCUCGCCAUGGCUGACGGUGCUUUGAGGAACGAAAUAAGCGCUGAAGCGAGUAUGCGCUGGAGGAUGAAUAACUUUCUUCUCUUUGCAUUCAACAUAGCAACGGACUCGCGUUCUGAAGAGAGCAGACUUUUAGAGAUCCACCAUGAGCCCAAAUGGUCAUUCGGACCCGUCCGAUACAAGGACCAGGCCGUCAAGUUAUCAGGAUACCCAUCUUACGCCCUGUGGUAUGGAGACGAAGACGAAGCCGCUCCGAAUGUCGUUGUGGCCCAGAGUUUCAUCUAUCACCAUCGCAAGAAUGCAAACAAAGAAAAUUGUCCGGUGUAUGGAGUCGCAACGGACUCUAGAAUGUUUCACUUUGUCAGACUGGACAAUGACUCCACGUUUGUCACCACAACACUGGAUUCUCAGGUGGAUAUAGAAAAAGCAUUCAGUCUAUUGGUUUAUGUCUUGAAAGAAGCAAUGAUCUUCCAAUCGGCGAUCUCGCCCCCUACCUGA